CAGAACGGCGUGCCAAAGCUGUGUCGUGGCCGGUUAGGUUGGUGGCUCGUUGGCUUGUCAGUUUUAAAAGAAGCCCACAAAACAAAAUUCUAUCUUUAUCGGGACUAAUGAACAGUAGAAAGAUAAAAUUGAUUCAUGAAUAAAGAACCCUCCUUUUUCUCCUCUAUCCCCACUUUUUACACAUGAAAGCAAUCUACACUAGGAACUAGUAUGUAUGUAUCUAUGUAUGUAUGUAUAUAGGAGGAGGGCAUCAUUUAUGCACCCACCACCAGCUGUUACAACAGCAGCAACAGCAGCAGCAGCAGAAGAAGAUGCGAUCUAUUAUGAUUGCUUUCUGUAACUUCUGAUUUUCAGCAUCAAACCUAUUAUCAUCAUCAUCAUCAAUUGAUGCUGCUAAACAUAAAUAACAAAACAAAAAUCUGGGAACAUUCUGAACUUGACUUUUAUCCUAAACAUGGUGGUGUUGCCGGAAUGGCUGGCAAAUAUGAGCGACAACUCAUCUUUUUGAAAUCGCCUGUUUUUUUCUCUUCUGUGGGUUUUUCAAUUUUCGGCUUCUGUUUUUUACCCAUCAGAUUUUAAUAUAUAUAUAUAUAUAUAUAUAUAUCCUUGGCGCUAAAUCAACUGUUCAUUCUCUUUCUCUCUCUCUCUCUCUCUCUCCAUCGGCAUUGAAUGAUUCCCCUGCUUUGAAGCUUGCUCAAGGUUCAAGGCUGGUUUAAGAGAGAAAGUGCCGUUUAAGUUGGGACUUGAGAGAUCUUCUUGGCUUAUCAUCUCAAAUACAGUGUAAUUUUUACACAUACUUCUAGAGAAAGCUGAAGAAGAAGAUGAAGUUUAUGAAACUGGGUUCAAAACCUGAUGCUUUUCAGACUGAUGGAGACAAUAAUACAAGAUAUGUAGCUACUGAAUUAGAAACCGAUUUCGUUGUUCUUAUUGGUGAUGUCAAGUUUUAUCUUCACAAGUUUCCGCUCUUGUCUAAGAGCGCCCGGUUGCAGAAACUGCUCGCGACUGCGAAAGAAGACGAUGCCCAUGAUCAAAUCUCCAUUCGCGAAAUCCCAGGAGGCCCGAUUGCGUUCGAGAUUUGCGCCAAGUAUUGUUAUGGAAUGACCGUAACCUUAAACGCUUACAACGUUGUUUCUGCCCGUUGUGCAGCAGAGUAUCUUGAAAUGUAUGAAACUGUCGAUAAAGGAAAUCUAAUUUACAAGAUUGACGUUUUUCUUAGCACUAGCAUUUUCAGGAGUUGGAAAGACUCGAUUAUUGUUCUUCAAACGUCGAAAUCUCUUCUUCCUUGGUCGGAAGAAUUGAAAAUAAUCGCUCAUUGCAUAGAUUCUAUCGCUACGAAAGCUUCGAUUGAUACGUCCAAGGUCGAAUGGUCGUAUACGUAUAAUCGAAAGAAAACCCCGUCCGAGUCGGGCCCUGGCGUUAGGAAGCAUCCUCCAAUGGUUCCAAAAGAUUGGUGGGCAGAAGAUUUAUGCGAUCUUCCGAUUGAAUUGUAUAAACGUGUCAUAACCGCUGUUCGAUCGAAGGGGAGAUUAUCUGAAGAUGUUAUAGGAGAAGCACUAAUGGCAUUCGCGACGAGAAGGCUACAAGGGUCUAAUAGAAACGUCGUUGAAACGCUCAUUUGGUUAAUGCCAACCGAAAAAAAUAGCGUUAGUUGUGGUUUUCUACUAAAAUUAUUGCAAGCAAUUGUUUUGCAAGAAUGUGGGGAAAAUUUGAGGAAGGAUUUGAUGAGGAGAAUUAGUCAGCAGCUCGAAGAGGCCACGGUUUCGGAACUGUUGAUUCCGGCACCUUCAGGAAGCGAAACGGUUUAUGAUGUAGAUGUUGUUAGGAACCUUAUAGAGGAGUUCAUCAAGCAGGGUAGCUCCGAGGAAGAGAUUGAGUAUGAAGAGAUAAGAAGUCCUAGUUUGAUCUCGGAAUGUUCUAAAACUAAGGUGGCUAGGAUUAUCGACGGUUAUCUUGCUGAAAUCAGUCGCGAUUCGAAUUUACCUAUGGCGAAAUUUAUGGAUCUUGCACAACUGGUAUCGAGUUUUCCUCGACAAUCCCAUGAUGGUUUAUACCGUGCCAUCGACAUGUUUCUUAAGGAACAUCCCGGUAUUAGUAAAAGCGAGAGGAAGAGAAUUUGUCGCCUAAUGGAUUGCAAGAAGCUCUCGGCAGAAGCAUGUACACAUGCAGUCCAAAACGAACGUCUCCCAUUAAGAGUAGUGGUUCAAGUUCUCUUUUUCGAGCAGAGCCGAUCCGCUUCAUCCUCAGGUGGUUGUAGCACCCCCGAUAUACCACUUGGUUCGGUCAGGGGUUCGAUGUUAGUCCCAACUAGAUCACACGGAAGCUCGAGAUCAGCCACUACAAAUACAGACGAGGAUUGGGAUGCCCUUCCAACUGCGGAAGAGCUUAAAGCUUUGAAAGGAAAACUCGCGGAAUUAAGGUUAAGGGACAACAGUGGUUUGGGCUCGGAAAAGGCAAUUGCAGCAGCUAAUCGAACUAGAGGGGUUCUCAUGUCUAGGAAGAUCUUUUCGAAGCUUUGGUCGGGAAAAGAUAGAGAUAGUGAGAAUAGUAGCUCCGAGACUUCGGGCAGCCCCUCUUCUAGUAACGCCGAAGUGGAUGCGAGGAGAAGGUAAGGCAUUGAUUUGUUAGCGGAGAUUAGAAUGCAAUGGGCAAUGGGAAAUCUUUUUGUAGGUGCAUUUUGCUAUUAACAUCAUUAUUCCCCCUUUGUGUACUUAAUUACCAAGUGGUAAAUUAUCAAUCUUUUUUUUUUUGUUAACUAUGUUGUUGUAGGUAGAAAUGUUUUACAUGACUGGUAACUUUUGUUGUAAUAGGACUAUUGCAUAAGGGAAUAUGCUAGUUUUGGAUUA